AUGACGUCGACAAUUGGCAUCCCCAUCAAGCUCCUCAACGAGGCCCAGGGCCACAUCGUCACCCUAGAAAUCACCUCCGGCCAGACCUACCGCGGCAAGCUAAUCGAAGCCGAGGACAACAUGAACGUACAACUCAAAGACAUCACCGUGACCGCGCGCGACGGGCGUGUCAGCCAUCUCGAACAGGUUUAUAUUCGCGGUAGCCAUGUGCGGUUCUUUAUUGUGCCGGAUAUGUUGAGAAACGCCCCCAUGUUCCGCAGCCGAAAUGUUCGCGGCAGAGGUGUCGGUCUCGCGCGUGGCAGGGCGACAGUCAGCAGGGCGAGGGCGGGUGGUCGUGGUGGGAGGUAA